AUGGCAGAGACUUCACUUGUAUUGGUUUACUACAAUGGUUUAAUCAUUGCUAGUGAAGACACAAUUAUAUUUUCGUCGGACGAUCAAUCAUAUUUUUAUGUCAAAGACGAUAUCUCUUACGAAAAUUUAAAGAGAUUCAUUGCUGACAACCAAGGAGUUUCAUGUAUUAAAUACCAGCUCCCAAUUUCUUCAGGAUCCGGUAAGAUUUGCUAUCGGUCAUUCAAAUUGCGUAAUGACAGAGAUGUUCGGAUGAUGUUCGACUACCACAAAAAAAAUUCAGAUAUUGACAUUAUUGAAUUGUACGUGGAGUUCAGCACUGCAACUUUCGAGGGUGCUCCUUCCCAACAACAAACCGCCCCAAAUGAUGAAGUUCAACACAAUUUGAGACGGGAGAGGAUUUCAUCACCAUGCCAAUAUGGUCGAUCCAAUGGAGACGAUGAGGACGAUGAUGGUGACAGCUUUAGGGAAGACACUGAAGCAAUUGUUGAUGAUAUUCAGUUAGAAGAAUGCAAUCUUGAAGACGUUCCAAUGACCGGCCGCAUGAGGUUUCGGAGCAAAGAUGAUGUUGUGACCGCAAUUAAGCAUUACUGCUUACUUAAAUCUGUCGAAUAUAAAGUUAUUGAGCCUGAUCUGACUCGAUACUCCAGUAAAUGUAAGUCAUAUGGCGAUGGGUGCAAUUGGAGCGUUCGCGCAUCCUACAGCAAGCGGAGACAGCAAUGA